CGACGUCACAAUACCCUCCUCUAUUCCUACUGCUGUAACGUCGCGACGCGUAUACGUACGAAGUGCGCUCUCCUAUUCGGUCCCAACUUUCGCUCGAGUCCCAAGAAAUGUGUCGAGAGUUCUGAGUGAUGCCGUGAACAGAUGGCAAAUUUUACCCAAAUCAUCUCCGAUUCGUCAUAUGCAGAUAAAGGAGCAGUGCCCGAAGAUAUCGAGAAUUUAACAUCGAUAGUGAAAUGGUUGCUAUGUGUGACGUGCGUUUUGGCCGUGGUGGUCAACCUGAAGGUAUUCGCCUGUAUUCACUGGAUAAGAAGGCCCUUGAAUUCAGUUUUGAAGAUCAGCCUAAGUCUGGCAUUGGCUGAUAGCUGCGCAUCGUGCCUGUCGGGAGGGGCCAUUUUUUGCGAGAAUUUGAUCAGCAGGCGAACGUACAUCAUCCUCGACAUCAUCAGGAUGUCUUUUAUACUGGUUACAGUUUUUCACCUCCUCGGUUUGGGUUUCACCCACUACAUAGGCAUAAAGAAGCCACUCCAUCAUAACUCCCGUCUUUCACAGAGGGGAACGUCAGGUCUCAUCCUUCUUCUGUGGUUAGUUCCAACCACCUUCAUCAUCGCCUUGUACACAUUAGAAGGCGGUGUGUCUUUUUGGCAAGCGAUGCUCAGAGAUCCAACGCCCCCAAAUAACACAUUGGUGUACUACAAUUUUACGCUCAAUUUCAAUCUAAGCCAUCCCGAACUGAAUGAUAGCUUCUUCAACGAAACAAACUGGUACCCCACCUACCUACCCUCAGCCGAGGACAGCGAUGAUAUAGAUGAGGAAAGCAUAAAAUUCAUCUCAAGCUUCCGAUUCAGGAUGAUCUUUGGGUCUUUCGUUCUGCUCUCCAUGUUUCUCAUCGUCAUAUGUUACUUGUGGAUAUUGAUAAUGAUAAGGCAUCAGAGAAAAGUCUGGAAAGACCUGUCCAGGACGGGUAGCACGGUGUGGAGGGGGCAUAAAUGCAGGCAUGUGACUAAGCAGAAGGCCCACGAGCAGAAUAAGACCAAGGGGAACCUUAGGGCUGUCUACACCACCCUGAUCAUAUUGGGAUCUUGCGUGAUGGGCUGGAUGCCAGCUCUUAUCCUCUACACCCUUACCUGUAGGCAAGAUUGCUUCGUUAGGGGCGAACUGCUUGAUAAAUUCAACGAAAAUUAUCCGCGUCUUAUACUGAUGAUCAGAUUUUUCGACAACGAAAUGCUGUUUUUGAAGAUGAUCGUUAAUCCCAUCAUCUAUAGUAUAAGGAUGAGGGAGAUUAAGGAGGGAACAAAGCAAAUGCACAAUAUAAUUUUACACCAUCUCUGUAGAGGACGGUGUAACAGGAUGCACAACGACUACUCCAAGUCUUUUAAGUCAACGAACGGUAACCAUUCCCAUGUGGUUCUCACUUCGCUUGGAUCUGUCAAAAACGACAAAUGCUGCUCCGGGAGGUACAGGAGUCGUCGUCAGACUGGACAAACGUCCCAUUUGUGAAGUUUAAUGAUGAGUUGUUAAUGUUUCAUUUGCAAUAAAUUGAAUGAAGUAUU